AGCUGAGCAUCAAGCGUCCAUGGCGUGAAUGAAUGCAGCAGGUGGAGCUGCCGAACGGCAUGGCUACUCACGGCCAGCCUGCCAGCUUGAGGAUGGAUCUCCAACACCGAGCUCACCCCGCCCCGCUGCCUCCAUUCCUGUGCCGGCCUCGUGAUCCGACGCCCACACCGCAGGCCACGCUCCACGCUCCUGCUGUCCGGCUCCGGCAGCCGUCUGGCUUCGACCUACCGUUUCCGCUCACGCAUUCACUGCACCAUUAACGCCCUUCUCACCGCCCCACCUACUCACUCCGUCCUCUUAAACCCAGCCGCGCCUCAGUGGCUACUGAGCACACGCAUAUGCCACCGUUGUCUCCCCUAGCAGUCUAGCACCACCGUGCCUUCAACGUACCGGAGAUCGAAGAGCACCGCCGAGAACGAUCUUGGGCUGGUUGCAGGUCGAUCAGAUCGGCGGAGAUCGAUGGAGCUGCAGCUCGCGGCCGUGCUCGGCUCCCUCGUCCUCGGCGGCGCGGUGCUGGUGCUGUUCUUCGGCAAGUGGUGGCAGCCGCUGGCCAGCACCGACCGGCGCGUCAAGGAGCUGGCCGACGCGGUGGAGGCCCUGCUGCGGCUGCGGGCCGAGGUGCUGGGCCACGACCCGGCGCCGUCGUCGGAUCCCGUGCGCGCGUGGCUACGGCGCGUGCAGGAGGCGCAGGACGAGUUGGCGUCCAUCAAGGCGCGGCACGACGGCGGGCAGCUGUACGUGGUCCGCCUGGUGCAGUACCUCUUCCUCCCCACGGGCCCGGUCGCGGGGCUGGCCGAGCAGCAGCUCAAGGCGGUGUGGGCGCUCCGGGAGCAGGGCACCGCGAUCCUCGACGCCGCGCUGGCCACGCCGCAGGCGCCGCCUCCUCUGCUCUGCGACCCCGCCGAGCUGGAGGGCCUCCCCGCGGAGGCGGGGCCCGCGAGGGCCUACCUCAACGAGGCGCUCCGCUUCCUCGGCGACUGCGACGCCGCGCUCGGCGUCUGGGGCGCCGGCGGCGUGGGCAAGACCACGGUGCUCAAGCUGGUGCGCGAGGUGUGCGGCCGCGUCGCGCGCUUCGACCACGUCCUGCUCGUCGCGGCCUCCAGGGACUGCACGGUGGCCAAGCUCCAGAGGGAGGUCGUGUCCGUGCUCGGCCUGCGCGACGCGGCCACAGAGCAGGCGCAAGCCGCAGGGAUCCUGAGCUUCCUGAGGGAGAAGAGCUUCCUCCUCCUGCUGGACGGCGUGUCGGAACGCUUGGACCUGGAGAGGGUCGGCAUCCCGCAGCCCCUCGGCAUGGUCAACGGCAAGGUGAGGAAGAUCAUUGUGGCGUCGAGGAGCGAGGCGUUGUGCGCUGACAUGGGCUGCCGCAAGAAGAUCAAGAUGGAGGGCUUCAACGAGGAGGAUGCGUGGAGCCUGUUUCAAGCUAAUGUUGGCGGCGACACCAUCCAUGGCCACACUCAAAUUCCUGCACUUGCUAGACAGGUCGCUGCCGAAUGCAAGUGCUUGCCUUUGGCUCUCGUCACCGUCGGCCGCGCCAUGUCAAAUAAGCGCACACCAGAGGAGUGGUCCAAUGCACUCGACACCCUCAAGGCGUCUCUGCCCUCCGGCACGCCCGGCUUGGACAAGAGCACGCACGCGCUAGUGAAGUUCUGCUACGACAAUCUGGAGAGCGACAUGGUGAGGGAAUGCUUCCUGACCUGCGCGCUAUGGCCGGAGGACCACAACAUCUUCAAGGAGGAGCUCGUGCAGAGCUGGAUAGGACUCGGCCUGCUCCCCGAUCUCGGCGACAUCGAAGAGGCCUACAGGUUCGGAUUCUCGGUGAUUGCCAUCCUGAAGGACGCGCGCCUGCUGGAGGCCGGGGACAACCACCGCUGCAACAUGUACCCGUCAGACACUCACGUCAGGCUGCACGACGUCGUGCGCGACGCGGCGCUCCGGUUCGCGCCCGGCAAGUGGUUGGUCCGUGCAGGCGCCGGGCUCAGGGAGCCCCCACGCGAGGAGGCGCUGUGGCGCGGCGCGCAGCGCGUGUCCCUGAUGCACAACACCAUCGAGGACGUCCCAGCGAAGGUGGGCAGCGCCCUCGCGGACGCGCAGCCGGCGUCGCUGAUGCUUCAGUUCAACAAGGCCCUGCCGAAGAGGAUGCUCCAGGCGAUCCAGCACUUCACCAAGCUCACGUACCUGGACCUCGAGGACACCGGCAUUCAGGACGCCUUCCCCAUGGAGAUCUGCUGCUUGGUCAACCUGAAGUACCUCAACCUAUCCAAGAACAAGAUCCUGUCGCUGCCGAUGGAGCUGGGCAACCUGGGCCAGCUCGAGUACUUCUACCUGCGUGACAACUACUACAUCCAGAUCACGAUACCACCUGGGCUGAUCUCGCGGCUUGGGAAGCUGCAGGUGCUGGAGCUGUUCACCGCCAGCAUCGUCUCCGUCGCGGACGACUACGUCGCGCCAGUCAUUGACGACCUCGAGAGCAGCGGCGCGCGCAUGGCGUCGCUCAGCAUCUGGCUCGACACCACCCGCGACGUGGAGCGCCUCGCGCGGCUAGCGCCGGGCGUGUGCACCCGGUCGCUCCAACUGCGCAAGCUAGAAGGGGCGCGCGCCGUUCCGCUGCUGUCGGCGGAGCACGCGCCGGAGCUUGGCGGUGUGCAGGAGAGCCUGCGGGAGCUGGCGGUCUACUCGUCCGACGUCGAGGAGAUCUCAGCCGACGCGCACAUGCCCAGGCUGGAGAUCAUCAAGUUUGGCUUCCUCACGAAGCUGAGCGUCAUGGCGUGGUCCCAUGGGUCCAACCUCCGCGAUGUCGGCAUGGGCGCGUGCCACACCCUAACGCACGCGACGUGGGUGCAGCACCUCCCCUGCCUAGAGUCGCUGAACCUCAGCGGGUGCAACGGGCUGACGAGGCUGCUGGGUGGCGCGGAGGACGGCGGCAGUGCCACGGAGGAGGUGGUCGUGUUCCCGCGGCUCAGGGUGCUGGCCCUACUGGGGCUGCCGAAGCUGGAGGCCAUCCGAGCCGGGGGGCAGUGCGCGUUCCCGGAGCUGCGGCGCUUUCAGACGAGGGGGUGCCCGCGGCUGAAGAGGAUUCCGAUGCGCCCGGCGCGCGGGCAGCAGGGUACCGUGCGGAUCGAGUGCGACAAGCACUGGUGGAACGCGCUACAGUGGGCGGGCGAGGACACCAAGGCCUGCUUCGUCCCCGUGCUCUGAGCCACUUCACUUCAGUAGGCGGACGGAGCUGCAAUUUUGGCGCCAGUUGAUAUGUUCGACGACCGCUGGGUUGCUCCACGGUUCAAGGCAAGAUGAGCGAUGAAAUCGGCAGUAUCUGUCGAACGGCAAUAAGACGGUUUACUUUUGGAUUUCUUCUGAGAACAAUUCAAACUAUGGCUUGAUUCCCGCUAUGUUGUGAGCUGGUGACUUGGUUUUAGUUUAAGAACUCCAAGUGGACAUGGGACUCUUUUGAUCUCAUAGGCUAACAACCAGUACUACCCAAAAAUUAGCUUUAGUUUAUCCAAAUAGAAGAGCUAAUGGAUGAACUAAUUUUCAGUUAACCUA